AUGGGCACGGUGGUGGACGCCGAAACGGCACGACACCUGUCCCUGUUCCGCCCUCUGGGCUAUCAGCGAAACUCGUGUGGCUAUUGCAAAUCAGACGACGGAAGUGCUUCCUACUACGCCAGCUCUGUGUCGGUCCGCCCAGAGCAUUACGAAGCCCUGGUGAAUCGAGGAUGGAGGAGACUUGCUGCCCGCGAUUACAAGGCAAGACGUGAUCAGCGCAAGGCCAUCAACCGGUGGAAUAAAUAUGUUCUCGGCCCAGAAUACAUCAGGAAAGCUGCGAUGCUUGCGCCAAAAAGCCGAGAAGAGAAACGGCAGCGUAAGCAGAACUUCGAUGUAGUAAAGGCUGUUCAUGAGGCAGAGUAUUCUCACCUGCAACGGCCUAUUGACCCGAAGACUAAACGACCCAUUGAGCCUGCACAUAAGUUUGAGGUCAGCAUAGAAGGCGAUUCAAUAUCUCAGCGAAAGUAUGAAGUAUUCCUGAAGUAUCAGGAAGCCAUCCAUAAAGAAUCCACCGACAGAUGGAAGACAGCUGAUUUCAAGCGCUUCCUUUGUUCUGGUCUGAAGCGGAACACGCCCAAGGAAGGGUCGGGUGAGAAGAGGCUAGGCUCAUGGCAUCAAUGCUAUCGUCUUGAUGGCAGAUUGAUUGCCGUUGCAGUGCUGGACUUGUUGCCGCAGGGUGUUAGCUCUGUAUAUCUCUUCUACGAUCCCGAGUUUGGCGAUUGGGAGUUUGGCAAAUUGAGUGCUUUGCGAGAGAUAGCAUUCGCCUUGGAGGAGGAAUACAAAUACUACUACAUGGGCUACUAUAUUCAUUCCUGCCAGAAGAUGCGAUACAAGGCCUUCUACAGACCUCAAUACAUUCUUGACAAAGACCCAGAAAGCGGUACCUGGGACCCUCUUGAUGGCGAACUAACGCAAAAGCUUGACAAACAAAAAUACGUCUCUCUCUCUCGUGACCGUGCUCGGGAGAACCUUGAUAACGAAGACGACGAACUUCCCGAACUUGUAGACGAAGAAUCGCUUUCCCUCUUCACCAUCCAGAUGCCCGGCGUGCUGAGUGCUGAAGAAGUCCAGGCCAAGAUCGACCUUGAUCACUGGCUUCUAGUUGCCUACGGCACAUUCAUCCAUAUGGAGGAUUUGGUUGGAUGGGAAGAUGCUAACAUCAUGGACCCGCAGAGCGUUAAGGGUAUCGUGGGUGAGCUGGUAGCAGUAUUGGGCGUAGAGGUUGCGGAGAAAAGUGCUUGUGUGCUUUUUGAUUAG